UUGACAUAUGACAGUUGCUGUAGUCAUUAGUAAUCAAAACAAAAACAAAAUUAAAAAAAUAACCGUUCAUUACAUCGGCGUACUACAAAAUUAACAAUGUAAUAAAUUAAAUUAUCAGUCAAUCAUAUCAGAUUCUCUACCGCAUCAAUGACAGGAGAGGCGGCAGACUUCAAACAUGCAAUACAAAACGUAGACGAGGAUAUUUCGAAAUGUGAAGAGUUUUUAUGCAAAGUACUAAACGCCAAAGUUAACACACCUUUACAAUUUGCAGCUCUACAGAACGCAUUGGAUAAUCACAGACUAAUGGCUUCCACGAGAGGAAUGAAUUCAACUACAGUUGCCAGGAAUACGAAAUCAGCUAAACUCACAACACCACCAGUUAAAUUGAGUCGAAACAUUGCUCCCAAAAAUUUGGAGAAUGAAUUCAAGAAUUUUAUUAAGAGUAAAAAGACUGUUGAUAAGGUUACUUCUAGAAGUAGAACAACCAGUUGUGGCAGUGAAAAAUCUUUGAGACCUAUCCCGCUAAUUGAGACUGAAGAAGAUCACUCGGAAGUUGCAAACUUGCAUAUGAAGCAUGAACUCAAAUUAAAAAAGUCAUCAUCACAAGGCUUACUUUCUAAGCGAUCUUGGAGUCAAUUGUUAUCAGAUAAUCAUAAAUCUUCAACACUCAAAGUACAAAAAUCUGAUAUUUUACCUGGAACUUUUAGUCAAUUUGAUCCCCUAAGAACCUUACACUUUUUGUCAAAAGAAUUGCAAAGCAAAUUGUAUACCAUUGCCCCAGAAGAAUCAUCUAUCCAUCGAAUCCUUGUGGAAAUACAACAUUCAUUGCACAGGUUGCCAGUACCCUCAAAAUCUGAUAUUUUAUCCGGAUCCUCAUAUUCUGAUAUAAGCACAACUGUCCACACCCAAUAUAUACAAAGCAGUCAGACAUGCCAGUUUACACAAACAUCAGCUUUGGCUGUUGUUCAUCAAUCCUGCCAAACUGACGAGAGCUUACAAGUUCCAGAAAAAGAUGAGGAUUUAGAACUUCAAUUGAUGAAACUUGAAUUAACUAAUAAAGAACUCACAGAAGAAUGUGCAUUAGCAAAGAGUGAACGGGAUAGAAUGGCAGAAACAUUGCAAUACCAUGAGUCUAACAAUAAUUUAUUACUGGCUGAAAUAGAUGAACUUAAGAAGAAGUUAACAGUGAAAGAUCAAAUUUUACCCAGGACUGAACAAAUUAUUGAAGAACUGAAAAAUAAAAAUAAAACCCUGGAAGAAGAAAAGGCAGCACUAAUUGCAGGGUACGAAGCAAAACUUUCCAUAGCAGAUGAAACCUUGGAGUACGUUAAAGAUAAUAAACGUGCUGAAUACUCAAGUUAUAUGCAAUAUAAAUUAGAACUUGAUCAAAAAAAUACUUUGAUAAAUACAAAGGAAAAUCAAUUGGAUAUAUUAACUAACGAGCUAGCAAGGGUGCAGUGUAUGGUGAGAAAUAAAAUGUGUGAACCACAAGCUGUUGCUUUGGUACAUGAAAGUGAGGACAAAAUAUCAAAACUUUCAACAAAUAUUGGUGACAUGAAAACAAUAACAACAGCUUCUAGUUUAUCUACAUUACCAGAAUCUGCUAUGACAAAAAGUCCAUCCACAAGGACAAAAUAUCUUGAUGACUAUAAAUCAAGAAGUGAUAUCAAUGGUGGAUCAACAUUUUUAUCCAGGAAUUAUGACUCAAAAAAUCGAUCUUCUUCUAGAAUAAUUAAAUCACGAAAUGAAAGCAGUCACUACAGUUUGAAUAAAAGAAACUCUGAGCGAAAAUAUCGUCCAGGUUCACAAAGAAGUCCUGAUUAUAGUUUGCGAUUGAAAGCAAGCAUGCGAUCCAGUAAAACCAUGGAUGAUUCAAUAGAAAGCACGAAAUGCAAUCAUGCCAUAGCUGAUAUUUUCAACAAAAUGCGAAGUGAUGUAACUGGCUGCAACGUAACUCUUCCUUCACCACCUAGACAUCAUAAACAUUUGCCUGAUCUUUCGACAUCACAAAGUCAAUGGAGUGAUUCCAUGUGA